CUACUCCCUUGCACAAGUCACUCCCUUGUCCUUCUGAAUUCACUCCGUUUCGUUUUCAAUUCGGCUGCGUUGGGGCCAAAAAGCAUAAACCCAACGACCAAUAGAGCCUUGAAACAAACAAAUGGGGGACCUCACUGCUCUUGCUUUCUUACCAAGGAAACGUAGAGGGAAGAACCCGGCGAAAACGACUUCCGGGGCCGCCGUCAGAGAGCGGUGGGAGGUCCAUUUCUCCCGCUUCUUCCGCUACCCUCCGGCCCACUCCACGUGUCCUGAUCUCGUUCCUCUGCCCACCAGGAUCAGAAAUCGAUCUCCAGCUGGCAACUGGGUCUCCUCCUCCUCCUCCUCCCUGGCUAUGCUCCAGCUCGCUCACGAUCACUCCUCCUCCGACGUCCUCCUCACCGUCUGCUUCGCCGGCAGGGUUAUGGAGGAGCACUAUGUUUCCAAGCUGCAGUAUGUUUGGCCUCACGUUUCAUGCAACCCGGGACUUCCUGCCAGGGGUACCAGGGCCGUGUUUAUCAGCUACCGAGACUGCAUGGGCGAGGUCCAGAAGUUCGCGUUGCGAUUUUUGUCAGUUGAUGAGGCAGAGAGAUUUAUGAACUCUUUGAAGGCGAUCUUUGACAUUGAACCUCCUCAUACUGACAUGGGAUCUGAAAUUUCAGCACAGUCUGAGUUCACUUAUUCGACUGGACCACCCCUCGAACGGGUUUGCACGGACUUUGUCAUGACUCCGGCUCAGACUUAUACCGCUCAAAUACCGCCAAGCUUCGGCAGUGCAGCUCAACAAUACUCACAGGCUCAGCAGAUGAUGCACAUUCAUAACUUUCAGCAAAACCUUCCAGUCGUUCGUCCAGGUUUCACCGCAUUGCUGAAUGACUAUCACCACGCUGUUGAACAAGCACGAUCAACUGCAUCAGAGGCGGUAAAUCUCAACUCCCAUGUCAUGCCUCCAAGUUUCACCUCAUGGCUUGGGAACUCUCAACCUGUUUUUGAACAAGUGGCAACACAAGAAGUCAUUUCGCCGGAAGCCAAUCUGAUAUCCCAACUCGCGAGUUACAGGGGAGAUGCUUCCUUCCAAGAUAUGUUGAGUAACAUGGAGAGAGUUAUCAGUGAAAUGGGGGGUGAUUUGACUCUCUAGUUUUUCAUGAGCUCUGUCUCUAAGAUUUGUAUAUGAAGGCCUUAACCAUCUCAUUUUAUUUGAUCUUUUAAUGAUAUGAUCUAGGUUGAAAGUUUUAA